UAUACACUAUUGCCAUCCGUAGUCACAGCAACGCUCUCCCCCGACCCCCGUCUUCAAAAUCGUGGCUCCCCUCCCGUCCCGGCCGCACGCGAGUCUUCUAGAACCUUCUCGAACCACCAGAAGCGAACCCUGAGCCGCCGCGCGCACCCGCCCCCCAAUGCCCGAGGCGAUCGGGAGGCGGCCGCCCUCCCGCGGGCUCUAGGCUGCGCGCGAUGGCGAGGUCGAGGCCUAGGGUUUGGCUCGUGGCGUGCUGCGCCGCCGUGCUGCUGUGGGCCUCCGUCGCGCAGCUCGUCGCCGUCGGCCGCCUCCUCCUCCCGUUCGGUCUCGCGGGCGACGCUGACCCCUCGCCGCCUCCUUCCGCGCUUCCGCCCCCAAGGCUCUACAAGAGCAAUGGUUAUCUGAAGAUAUCUUGUAAUGGGGGUCUGAAUCAGAUGCGAUCGGAAAUAUGUGACAUGGUGGCAGUUGCUCGUUUGCUAAACCUCACGAUGGUUGUCCCAGAACUUGACAAGAGAUCGUUCUGGGCUGAUCAAAGCAAUUUUGGAGACAUAUUUGAUGUGAGGCAUUUCAUUGACUCAUUAAGAGAUGAAGUGCAUAUCAUUAAAAGGCUUCCAGAGAGGCUUGGUCCAAGAGAUUCAGACAUUAUACUUCAAAUGUCACCUGUGAGCUGGUCAGAUGAAAAAUAUUACCUGCAUCAGAUCUUACCACUGUUCAACAAAUACAAUGUUAUCCAUUUUAACAAAACAGAUGCUCGGUUAGCUAAUAACGGUAUCAGCACAGAGCUUCAACUGCUUCGAUGCCGUGUUAAUUUCCAUGCACUGAAAUUUACCUCUCAAAUCGAGGGAUUGGGGAAUAAAUUAGUACAUAAACUUCGAGCUAAAGGAUCAUUUGUGGCCUUGCAUUUACGCUAUGAGAUGGACAUGCUGGCCUUUUCUGGUUGCAACCACGAUCUUUCUCCUGAAGAAGCUGAGGAGCUCAAAAAAAUGAGAUAUGCUUAUCCAUGGUGGAGAGAUAAAGAAAUUGAUUCCCAAGCCAAGAGGUUGCAAGGUCUAUGCCCACUUACUCCCGAGGAGACAUCACUUGUUUUGAAAGCCCUGGGCUUUCAAAAGGAUGCUCUCAUAUACAUUGCAGCUGGUGAAAUUUAUGGGGGAGAAAAGAGACUAGAAUCACUGCAAACUGCUUUUCCUAAACUUGUAAGAAAGGAGAUGCUGCUAGGCUCUGAAGUUCUGCGUCAAUUCCAAAACCACUCUUCCCAGAUGGCUGCACUCGAUUUCAUUGUAUCCACAGCCAGUGAUGUUUUUAUUCCCACUUUCGAUGGUAACAUGGCAAAACUUGUUGAAGGCCACCGAAGGUUCCUGGGUUUCUGGACAAGUGUGGUGCUAGACCGACGCAAAUUAGUUGGACUUCUAGACCUGUACAACAAUAAGACAAUCUCUUGGGACAAUUUUGCAUCUUCUGUUCGGGAAGCUCAUAAGAGCCGUAUAGCCCAACCAUCCUGCAGGCGAAAACUUGAAAACAAACCAAAAGAAGAGGAUUACUUCUACGCUAACCCCCACGAAUGCGUGGCCAAUUCUAGCUUGUGCAGCUAAACCGGUUUCUGUAAGGAAGGUGAGCAGAUGGGUGUGAAAUCAUUUGCAACCUGAGGCAAACGGUAGUUUUGAUGUGCAGGAGACUGAAGCUAGCGGGCAGACUGGCACUCCGGAUGCCCUUUUGUAUAGGUCGUUCUUUUUCGCAUCGCUAUUGAUUCAUUUGCUUUACCAGCAUGCCAAAAUAGGGGCCUGUUGGUAGCGUGUAAAUGGGGUUUGUCUUCUGCCGUCCUUGUUCAGUGAUGAUAACCAAAGGGAAAUAAGGGAUUUUUUUUUCCUUUAGCAAA